UGCAGAUUCGAUCGGGCUAUACAGCCGGGAAAAAAAAAUGAGAUUCUCUAUUCAUUUGAUCGUCUUCGCUAUGGUUGUCUAUCUCAGCAAUGGCAAUUCUGACGAUGAUGCUUGGAACGCUUACAAGUUUGAAUACAAAAAAGAUUACUCGAGUUCCUCCGAAGACGACAUUCACAAGGCAAUUUUCCUCGCUCACCGUCAACAAAUUAAUCAACACAACAGCGGAGCAUCACUGUCCUACAGAAAAGAAUUGAACAGAUUCUCCGACAUGUGGCCAUCAGAAAAGUCAAAAUAUCUCGGCCUCAAAUCUUCCAUGGCGCCUUCCAGUCAGUUGAUGAUGAAAUCCAUUCAUUUAGGUCAUCUACUGGGAAGUCAACAAGCUCUUUCUGUCAAAUUUGACUAUCGAUCCGACAUUUGCAUGGCGGCAGUUAAAGACCAGGGAUCGUGUGGAAGCUGUUGGGCGUUCGCUGCAGUCGCUCCAAUCGAAUUCAAUUACUGCAAGAAACACAAACAAACUCCUAUCGUUUUGAGCGAACAGCAGCUGGUCGAUUGCGACAAAAUUGACGGCGGAUGCAGCGGCGGAUGGUACACGCAGACCUGGAAAUAUAUCAAGAUAACUGGCGGAAUUGUACGGGACUCAAAAUACCCUUACACAGCCACGCAAAGUUCUUGUCCGAUCCCGUUCUGGUUUUUCCUGGCCAGUGCUCGGGUUUUUAUGAUCAGUUACAUCCCAGCCAAUGAUGCUGUGACCAUGCAAGUAGCUCUGCAAAAACUCGGCCCCUUGGCAGUUGCCUUUGCAGUGGCCGAAUCUUUUUACUCCUACAUGGAUGGCGUGUACGAUGACACGGAUUGUGAUAACUUGGAUGUCAAUCACGCUAUGGUCAUUGUCGGCUGGGGUAAUCAAAACGGACUCGAUUACUGGAUCGUGCGCAACUCGUGGGGAACCGGAUGGGGAGACAGCGGCUACGUCCUAAUCCAGCGAGGAGUCAACAAAUGCCAAAUUGAAUUCUAUGCGGCCUUCGUGUUGCCAUUCUGAUCUGAUUUUAUUUUAUGCGGGUACGAAUAAACAUCAACUUACCAAAUUAA